AUGAUGAGUGAUUAAUUUCUUAAUAAUAUGAUUGAAUCAAAGAAUGUUCAAACUCAGAUGCUAUCUAGAUAUGAAGAAAAUUCUUUAAUAAAUAUAGAUUUACAGGCAAGAAGUUAUGCAAUGGCUAUCAAUUCUUAAAACAACUUACUUACAGUUGGAUCUGGGUAUGAUAUUAAAAUAUUUGAUCUAACUAAGAAUUAAACCUAAAAUACAGUAUAAGAAAUAAAAGGGAAAAAGGAGAAUGUAUUUUGCCUUCUUUUCUUAUCUAAAAAUUCAUCUUGUAAUUCCUUUAUCUCUGCUUCUAAUAAAAUUAUUAUUUGGUAGGAAUAAGGUGGUUAAUGGCAUAAUCAAAAAAGUUUGAAAGCAGAAAAGCCAACUCAAAUAAAGAGUUUAGUUGUUCAUCCUUAAGGAGACCUUAUCAUAUGUGGCUCUUAGAGAAAUAUAUAAUUUUGGUUUAAAAAUCUAGAUACACAUCAAGAUGCAUUAUAGAAUAAUUAAUAAGAGUGGGUUUGUAAACAACUGAAGUAUGAUGAUACUUAAGGGCUAUCCAUCAACCAAAAUGGAGACACAUUAGUAUAAUGUUCUUUUUCUAAUAAAAUCAACGUAUUUAAAGGAAGCAAUAGAUAGGAGUGGAUUAAAAUCAAAACAAUUGAUACCAAAGAUUAUGGCUUGAGAUUGUGUUUUAUUACAAAUGAUUUAAUCGCCUUUUAAGAACGAGGAUCUCGACCUCAUGAUAAUUUAUAUUUUUACUCUUUGAAUGAGUAAAAUUACAGUAUGGUUAAGGUUAGAGGAGGUGAUACAUCUUGCAAUAGUUUAUUUCCUUUAAUUUAUGUUCCAUCCAAAAAACUACUUAUUGAUAAAAAUGGUUACUUCGUAAAUAUUAUUAGAAUUGAAGAAGGGCCUUCUUAAAAAUAUGAACUAAUGUAGUAUUAUGAUUUUAGGGAAGAAUACAUUUACGGUACAGUUAGUGAUGAUGGAAAUCUAUUAAUUACUUGGAAUGAGAAAUAAAAUUAGGUUUAAGUAAGAAGGUACCUAGCUUAGAAUUGAAU